AUGGGAUCUUUGGUGAUUUUGUUUGGAGAUUUUGUGUUGCACAGAAAGUGUUUGAGCCACCACCUUCCCAAGACCCGCCGCCUCACCCAUCUGGAGCUCGAAUUGACCACUCUUAACUCCAACUCGGCAAGUGGGUCCCUUCGGAUUCUCAGGCUGAGUCGAGUCGAGCUGGCGGAGGGCUCCCUCGAGUCCCUCCUGUCUGGGUGCACGGCUCUCCGCGUGUUGAGGAUGGAUUACUGUAGGUACCCUCCCGGUUCUUCGACCGUACGCUUCUGUGGGCCCCACCUCAGGCUGGAGUGCCUCGUCAUCGAGAUGUGUGCAGGGGUACGGGAGAUCGAGUUCCACGCGGCCAGCCUCGUCAGCAUUGAGUUUCAUAACCGUAAGCCAGUCGAGUUUAUAUUUCAUCACAUCCCUCGUCUGCAGACACUGCACGUCGACCUCAGCAUGUACAGUAACGUAAUGCGUUACGUCUCGGGGACAUUGCCCUUUAUAUUGCCGUCUGGUGGUCAACUGAGGUCGUUGACCGUGGGUAGCGCGUACGACGUUGAUAUGUUUCAGGUCCCUCGGGAUGUUCCGGCCGACGCGUUCAACAAACUCAGGCGAUUAAGGCUUAGACUCGGUUAUGCAGCUUACACGUAUAUGAUCUUCGGGAUGAUUCCGUUUCUAAACAUCUGCCCUGUCUUGCACGAGUUCCGCUUAGACACAGAAUUUGUGUACGAUGAUGGCCCGAAGAUGAAGAUGUUUUCAUCGGGCACACUAAUCCACACGGAGCUGAAGAAAGUGGAAAUAAAUGGAUUUUGUGGGACAAGAAACGAGAUCGAAUUGUCAUCGUGCAUAUUAGAGAACACAAAAUCUCUUGAGCAAAUGCAGAUAAACAGGUGCCCCAGGUGGGAUAUGAGAGGCAGCCAGUGGUGGAUGCACAAGCCCGAAUGGAGUCAACAAACGCGCGAAAAGAUUCUCAAACUAGUGCACGGGCAAAAAAAUUCCAAAAGCGCACGAGUGAUUAUUCGACAUGUUCCUGCUUACGAUGACACUUGGUCGACACGCUACACGGAUUAUGAUAACUUUGUUCUUUGA